ACACAAUCACUACUUUACAUUACUUAGAGAAGGAAGUGUCCGCCACGAGUGUAUGUAUGUGUUCAUCUAACGAACACUAAAUUUAGCGGUUAUUGUAGUUUUAAUAAUUUGUUUUAAUUAUUAAGUAAAAGACUUUAAAGGUGGUGAUAAACAGUGAAAUACAUUAAGUGAAGUGCGUUUUGUUUGUAUUUUGGUAAUUCUUAAGCCUAUAGAAAUGAAGUACAAUACAAUAAGUUCCAGUAGUCUUGGCAACGAACGAAAAUCUACAUUAACGAUAUACACUGACACGGAUGUAUCACCAAACAAGGUUAUAUACACCGAAGAAGAAGUCGCGUCUAUUAGAGGAGAGCUUGAAAUAGUCCAAAAGGCUCUAAAACUUCAAACAAAGCGAUGCAGACAACUCGUCACGGAAUAUACACGUAGACUUCAAGAGAAAGAACACAAAUUUCGUACCGAGAAAGCUCUAAGGGAUGAUCAAUUAGCUAAAGUCCUAAGAGCAUUGUUGAUAUUUGAAGCUCGUUUACGUCAAGAACAGAAAUUUAUAAGUCGCCAGUUGAGCGAAAAAGAUACCGUUAUAAAAAAACAAACUAGCGAUAUAAAAAAGUUGUUAUCAAAUCAGUAUUGUAAAAGUUGUAAACAGUAUUACUCUUCCAGUCCGGUACAAGAAAGCUUAGAUAGUAGUACUGAAUACGUCCUCACGGAUUGUCAAGAAUAUCAAUCGUCAAAUUUCGAAUCUUUAGAUAGUAGUUGCGAAGCAACGCAAUCAGAAAAAGAUUACAACAAAUCGGAAAGUUCGUAUGAAGAUAACUCAAAAUCCGAAAGCGAAUCGAAAAUUUAUCAAAAAAAUAAGAAUAAAGAUUCUUUAGGACGAAAAUCGAAGAAAAUUCCACACAGGAAGAGCAUCGGAACUUACUUUGAAGUAUUAAAGUUGAGAAAUGACAGUAACAGCCCUUUAUCAAACGAAGAUAACACAAGUAACGAUUACGACAAUUUGGACUCAUUACCACCGGAAACUAAUAAUUAUAAAACAAGUGUAUUAGCAGAAAAUUUGUUUGGUGAAACUGAUGAUUUAACACUUAUUUUACAUUCUGAAAAAUCUGUUGAUAAUAGCGAAAAUUCCGAAGAUACUAACAUCGAAGAAGAAAAGAAGCAAUCGACUAUAACAGAAUCUAUACCAGUCUUUGAAGGAGGUGAAGAAACUAAUGAUAACUGGUAUGCAAGUGCCAGCGAUCAAGAAGACGAUGAGCAAAGAGAUAUUUACAGAAAUAAUCCCGUGUUAGAAUGCAUGAAUCAAAUUUUGCUACAAAAUAUCAAUGAUACUUUGAAUUCACCUCCUAAAACUCCAAACAUUGAAAGAAAACCGGUGAAAAAUAAAAGAGUAAAAUUCAGCGACGAAGAAAAUAAAAGCGAAAUUAAAGAAACCGAAUUGACACAAGAAAAUUUAAAAGAAAAUGAAGAAAAUAAUCAUGAUUACUACGAAACACCUAUACAAAAAUCCCCCAAUUUUUACGAAACCCCUCAAAGUAUAUACAGUAAUGAUUACGAACAGAUUCUGAGUAAAUGUAACGAAACUUUUAACUCAUCCGAAGAACAAAAUGAAAACAAAACUAGUCAUUACUACAUAGAUAUGGAGGACAAAACUAAAAAUAUCGAUAAUGAAAACAGAUUAGUCAAAAAAAGUAAAAUUUUAAGAACCCCACCUGCUUUACCUCCCAAACCAGUAAACUUGGUAUCCAAAUAUAAGCUACAUAUUGUUUCUAAAUCACCUCCGUCUGAAAUAAGCAGCGACAGUACUGCUGAAUGCGAACCUGAUUAUUGUUCGAUAUCCGAAUUGAAUUUACCACAAAAUAAAAAUAUGGUUUCCUUUAAAAAGAUCAACGUCGUAGCUGAAAUAAAUGCGCCUACAUCUCUUGACGUACUUAACAAAAUCAACACGAACGAUUCUUCGACUAAAUUGGAAAAUAGCCCAGAAAACUCUAAUUUGAUAGUAAAAAAAUGCGUCGAAAAAUUGAAUAUUCAACUAGCCAAACAAACCCCCAUUAAAUCGGAAUCUAAUUCGCCCAAAAAGAAGAUCGAUAUCGAGAUUCCGAAGCUACCACAAGUUUCCGAAAUACUAAUACCAGAAUCCGAAGAUGAGGAAAGGGAUAAAGAGGACAGAAUCGCUCAAGAUAAUUACAUGAGAAACAACACAGACAUUUUGAAGCUCAAAUCGAACCGAAAACCUAUCGUUAUAAGCUCGUCCGUAUCUAGUCUUAUAAAUAGUUUUAACAAUCAUCAAGUUUUACACGAAAUAAAACAAAGUCCCGAUAAACUUAAAUCGAAUAAAACGAUGUUUUCUAGUUUUGAAAGUAUCCAAAACUCAGAAAAACACACAACGACUUCGGUCGAUGAUUCUAAAACUCCCAAUUUUGAAAAAUUUGAUCUAAGUCAAAAUUUCGAAGAGUUUAAAUUGGACGAUUGCGAAAUCGAAGAGUAUACCGUCGAAGAAAUCAAAGAUAAUGAUAUUAGCGACAAAUCUAACUCGACCAGAGUGGAUCUCAUUCGAGUUACAGACAUUGCGACACCAGUUUUGAAUAGAAAUUCGGUAGAACUACUCAAAAAACAAUUGGAAUUACAGAAAGCGCAAGGAGAUAAGGAUCAUAAUAACAAAAAGCCAUUUCCGAGACCGAACCAACCGACUUACGAACACUUUUUGGAAUGUACGGGUCUAAGUACUAAAUCCAUAUUAACACCAUCGAGAAUGCUCAGUAAUCACAAAGGGAUUUUGAAACCUAAGGACGUCAAACUUCGAUCGAAAGUUAAAGCAAACAAUAUGUCAGAAAGGCAUAGUACUACUACAAUGAAAUAUUGGUCCGAACCGUACAUUUAAAUAAUAUUUUUUUUAUUUAUUUUAUUAACAUAGUGUGUUCAUAAAGUAACUGGCUAAUAUUUCGAUUUUUAGUACCGUUUAACACAAAACUAGCUUUAUCAGAAAAUAUUACAUCGAGAAAAGGUGUAGGAUCGAUAGAAAACUGAAAAAUAUUUGAGGUUUGCUCAGUAAAAAAUUUUCUUAACAAGAUAAUUUUCAAAUCAAAAUAUUCCGAAAACGGUUUUAUCAAAAGUACAUUUUUUAUGUAAAAUUAAAUGAUGUACAAGUUCACUUUUGCUUAAUAAAUCUAAUAUACAAAAAGUCAUAUUCAAUACUACUUGGUACAAACCGUGUAACUAGCGCCCUCUAUGAGAGUCAGACAUAAAACAACAAAUUUAUUAAAUGUAUGAGCUUCCAAAACAUAUUCGUAUAAAAUUUCGAUACAAUAGUGACAGUAGUUGCGGCAAAAAAUUAUUUUUUACACGACGCCAUCUGAAAGUUGUUCGUUUUGUAUUCGUUUACAUACCGAAAGUUGCGUUUUGAGUGUUCCGUGUAGUGAAAGUGAUAGUUGACAGUUCAGUACUGUAAAACACUUUCGGGACGCUCUGGAGUAGACAAUUCAAUGUUGACAGUUUCAUUUGGAAGAUUUUGCAUAACUUUCUUCCACCACAAAAACGAAUCUAUCAACAAUUUGUAUCGAAAUACAUAUUUCAACUGCAUCCAAUCCAAUAAAUAUUAAUAAUUGUCCUGGAGGUGCAAUCAACAUUACUUUUUGCAAAUAAUUAAUAUUGACAUUGCAAAUAUCAACUAUUUCAACGCCCUGUAUCUUAAAUACGGAUGGCGUUACGAAUUUUUUUUUUGAGCGAACUCCAAAUAUUUUUCAGUUUUCUAUCUAUCUUAGAGGCACGGUCACCUUUUUUUGAAACGCCCUGUACGUCAGCAAUAAUUUUCAAAUCAAAUCAAAAUUUCUGUCUUGAGAAACUCUUCUUUAGGGUCCCAAUAAACAAAAGUUUAAUUUAUACAAGUGCUUAUAUAAUUAAAGACUUUAAAAUCGAUAUUUUCAAGCUAGAUCAACUUUUGCCAUAAAAUGUUUCUAUUAGAAAAUCGAGACCAAUCAAGAACCAAAUGCCAACAUUUCUAUUUGUGAUGCUUGGUUCAAAACUAAAGGAUUAUUUCCUUGUUAGCAACGGAUCCAAUUAUGCUGAAUUUUUUAACUCAUACACGUCGCUUAUCUAUCUAUGAAAGCAUAGAGUUAAUAUAGAAGAUAGAAACAUAGAAAAAGGACAUCGAUUCACUAUUAACUUUCCCUGUCAGUUCGAACUUGAAGGUCACGAUGUCCAUAAUAAUAAUAAUAAUGCAGGGAUAACAAAUUUUCUCAGCCUCAUUUCAGGACUUUUAUCUUGCGAGAUUUAUUUUGUGCGAAGCUCAAUUUUUGUGAGGACGUUUCACUAUCAAAUUAAUCCCUUGUGAUGGAUCACGAACCUUUCAUUUAUUCCCUGUUGAUUAAUGAUGAUGAUUUCACAAGAAAAUCGACCUUUUUUGACCUUGUUAUGAAAUCCUGGCCAAGACGGUCGAAAACCGGACCUACUCGUCGGAGUGUUUGACAUUCAUCAAUACUAAUUAAAUUUCAAUUUCUUAAAAUAAUAUCACGAAAUAUCUUUGAUAUUUAAAGCUUGUUUACAGUGUUAUUUUUUUGGAAACUCCAAAAAAAUGUCGAGUAUUGAGGUCUAGCUCUAACAAGAAACGUUUAUUGAGAUUAUUAGCUGUAGCUCAAAAUCUGAUCAACUGAUUAUGGGUAACCUUAAAGCAAAUAUCUUAUAAAACUCAAAUUUUAUCAUCAAAUUAAAAUCUAUCGUAUUUUAUAGCCACCCAAUGUUUAUUUUAAAAAUUGAUUCUCGAGAGAAUAGAAAGUUAUUUGGAUUUUUUUAUUUUAUUAAUAGAUGAAUCUUUUAUUUGUAGUAUUGCUAUAUAUUUUUUAUUUUUUUUAUCUUUAUUCUCCGAAAAUUCAAGUGCUCUGUAUAAGAAACUUCAAUGUUAUUUUAAUUAUACAACGGCUUAUCCUAUUUAUUUGCGUAUACGUUUUUGAAACGUGAUAUCAAAAUGUUAUUUUCAAAUCAACUUUUAUAAUGUAAUGUUUUCAAUUUAUAGUCUUAUUAAAACAUUAAAACACUAA